UCGAGCGCUCAACGUUGACGUCGCGGCUGAAAAUCGGCUAAAGGCCCGAGCAGAAAAAGCUCCAAUACAGUGCGUAUUCCCUAUGCUGAACGACUCGCCAGUGAGUGUGUGAUUGUGUGCGGGCGCAGACAUGAAGUGAAUAAGAAAUUGGAAAAGCACUAAAACAUAACAUAUAUGUAAAAUAUAAAAAAACGCAAAAGAAAACGCAAGAAACGUGGAAAAUAUUUCUUUAAGCCCAUCGCAUCGCGCGCCUCAAAUCGAAAAAGCGCGAAAUAUUUAUUUCGGCCCCAAAACCCACAGAAAUGCACAGAAGAGAGAAGCACUCGGAGCCAUCCCAGCUGAGACUCUGCCUCGAAUUUCAUCAGGAGGAUUCCGGAACAGAUCUGCAGAUGUCUAGGAAAAAAUGCAAUAAUAACCAACAGCGGCGGGGUCGUCGGAGGCGGAUUGAUUGGGGGAAUUUGUGGGGUGUCCAUGGGUCCAUCGGCCUGACAGUUUUGAUGCUGACCAUUUGCAUGGCCCACACGUCGACUGCCGUGCCCGCCACUGAAAGCAGCAGCGCAUCCUCCACAGUCGUCACGGUCGCGGUCACGCCGAGCAUCGCUCCGAGCAGCUCGAGCGGCGGAAGUGCCGGAUUUGGAUCCUAUGGCCCCGCGGCCAGCACCACGGAGUCCCCGGCUUCCCCGGAACAGCAGCAGCCACAGGGCCAAUGCCUGCUGGACGGACUCUGGGUUUCCGAGACCGCGGCCCGCUGCGAGUAUCAGACUAGUUGUCGUGCCAUCCAGCGCACCGGCCACUGCUGCCCCGAUUACAAAUGCGAUUGCGAAAAGGAUGGCAAAACUUAUGCCAAUGGUUAUAAAUUGGUUGAUCCGGACACGCCGUGCACCGUGUGUUAUUGCAAAGGCGGCGAGAUUGUUUGCAGCUCGGUGACCUGCUUCCGCCGUGACGACUGCAUGCCCAAAUACGUGCCCGGUCGCUGUUGUCCGGAGUACGACAACUGUCCGAUUCUCGACAACAACCCGCCGCUGGCUAGCGAACCCGUGAGCAGCUCCACCACCUCCACCCAGAAGCCAGGGGCCUUGGCUCAGCCGGCCGGAUUCAACUGGAACAUCACCAUCAAGGAGAUAACCAAGCCGACGGAGAUCCGGAUAACGGACGACAACAGGGCCAAGCCGUCGAUUCCCACCCGGAAGCCGAGCAGUGCGAUGCCCACCACCGAGGGACCUGCUCCACCAUCCACCACCAGCGUGGACAGCACCACUGCAGGAUCAGCAGGAGCAACAGGAGCAGCCGGUGCAGCAGUGACAACAGCAGCACCAAUGGCCAGCAGCAGCAGUCCGGCAGCAGCAGCAACAUCGCCGGUGCCAGCAGCAACACCAACGGACACGGCGGCAACACCAACGCCCAGCCAAGACAGCAACCCGAAAGCACUUCCAGGCGGCAGCGAGAGCUUAAAGCUCAUCGCCUCGGUGGGCUACAUCGAGCGACCCCUUGCCCAGAGCAGCAGCAACGUCGUGGAGCAACAGGUGCGGCCGCUGGUCACCUACAUCUCCGAGGGACUGCAGCCGCUGGCCGGAAACGAUCCCAGCAAGGUGAACAUCAAGAGGGAGUACACCACGGAGGGUUCCAUCGCCCAGAGCACCAAGGGCUUCGAUGAAUCCCUGCCCUUGUUUAUCCAGAACGGUUUCAAGGACUCCCUGGUGGAGUCCUCCGACGGGGAGCUCGAACCCGACACGGCGGGCAGUGACAACAUCUACCACAUCAUAUCCACCACCGAGGGACCGGGAACCAUCGCCAGAGUCACCACGGAUGCCCCGGCCACCAGCCGAUCCGUCAUCAGCAAUAACACCACCAAGUCGGGGAUCGAAGUCAGUACCGAGGGCCUGGGAUCGGUGAGCAGUGAGCCGCCCCCUUCCAGCUCCACACACCACAUGGACGUGGAGGACGAUGUGCCCCAGGUGGAGUCCAAUCCGGCCUAUCCCUCCCUGCCCGAGGACGACUUCAGCCUACGGGAUGUGAACUUUCCCCUCGUCGAGCUGGAGGACAUAGCCGAGUCCGAAAAGGACGAGCCCCGGAGCAUUCCCAGUCCCUUCGAGGUGGACCACAGGCAUGUAAAACUCACGCCCGACACUAAUCUGGAUGGCAGUGGCAGUGGCAGUGGCGGUGGGGACAUAGAACUCGACCAGGAGAAGACCUCCACCACUGAGGAGAUGAUGGCGGCCGAAUCCUCCAUUCGGGAGAAGAGCCUGCUGGUGCCGCUGCUGAUGUACAGUGGCGAGGACAUAUCCGGGGAGACCCGCAUCCAAAACGGCAGCGAUCUGCAGCUGGAGAAGAUUAGUCGGAGCGAGGAGCAGGAGCUGGGCAGCGGGGAUGCCAGGGAGCGGGAGCCCGUUACCCCCAAGUCCACGCUGGCAUCCACCUUAGAGAUCGAUGAGCUGGGCUCGGGGGCGGGCCAGGUGGGUCAGGUGGGCGGAGUGGAUCCCAAGGCCGAUGCCGAGAGCCUCAAGCUGGACGAGAGCCAGGAGACGGAGGCCAGGGCCAGCGCGCUGGACAAAUCCUCGGCGAGGGCCGAGAAGAGCUUCGUGGAGCGGGCCCUGCCACUGGGACGUCUUUAUCUGCAGCGGAUCUACUGAAGACCGCCGUCCGAAGUGCGAAUACUUGGAAGAUCAAACCCUUUAUUGUAUAUACAUACACCGUAAGGCCAAGGAGCUUGGAGAACAACGAAAAUCCAACCAUUCGAGCGAGCAAAGUGUUAGGUUUAAGUAGCCAGAUAAAGGGAGAGGAGGAUCCUUUGACGAUUUUUAUCAUUUCCAUAGACUGCAUAACGACCUUCUGAAUUUAUCAACCUUAUGGACGUAAUCAUUUACUUAUUAUGAGUAUGAUUAGCAAAGCUGGGCUCCCCAAAUGCAAUAACGAAAUGUUUCAUUAUCAGUUUGCCAUCGAUGCGCAAGCGAAGGCAAUCCAAAUUGCUUAGUUAUAUUUCUUAUUUAUACGUAUUGACCUAAGUGCACAUACAACAUUCAACCAUUGCCACGCCCACAAUCCAAAAUUCAUCGAAUAAGUCGCAACAUUAACGAGAAGGAGAAAUUUUUAACUUGUUUUAUCUCAUCAUGAUUUUAUUUAAUUUGUAAUUUAUUUCGUAACCAAAUGGAAAUGAUUUGAAAACGGCAAGAGGGAGUUACGUAAGUGAACCGAUCGCUGCACCUUCGGUUUAUUUUUGAAUGCAAUGGCAAACUAUAUAGUCCUCUUUAAUUUGAAAAGCUUUUAAGUUUAGACUGAAUAUGGAAAAGUUUUAAUUUAAAGCAAUUUACAAUUACUCCUACUUUAACCAUAAUUUAUAUACAAUUUAAACUAAUUUAAACUUGACAUUGAGUCGGCGAUUAUCGAAGUGAGGAACAAGGAUUCCCCAAAAAGGACUUCCAAAGCUCGCCUGAAUUUGAAAACUAACGAGAGCAGAAAAGUGUCAAAAUAAAAACGCAGUCAUUCUUUAGUUAGUUCAUAAAAUAAACAAUUACCUAUAUGAACAUAAUUUAUUUAAGCGAUGAUCGUGCACACUAUCACUCACACACAGCCACACAGAUUUUUUGAGAUAAAGUAAACUAUAUUAUGAAAAUACUUUAACUAGCGUAAAUUUAGAUUGAAGCUCAUUUUAAAAUGUAUGAACUAUGAAAUAAAAAUGAGGUAAUUCU